AAGCCGUGGCGGCGGUGUCUCGAGCAAUGGGAGUGGGGAGAUGCCCCGUCACUGCUCUGCUACUGGCUGUUGCACUCGUGAUACACCUGAAACACGCAACCGAGGCAUUUCUUUCCAUCGAUUGCCAAAGGACAAUCCACGCCGAACCACAUGGUUGGAGAAUUGUCAGCGAAAGAACAUGAGUGGGCAGGGUCUCUGGGACCCUGCCUCUAAAUAUGUUUACUUUUGCUCCAAGCACUUUGAGAAGAAUUGCUUUGAGCUAGUUGGCACCAGCGGCUAUCAUCGUCUCAAGGAAGGGGCUGUUCCUACGAUAUUUGAGCCUCAUGCAAAGUCACGCCGGAAAUCUAAACUUAACAGUUCCAAACCUGCAAAAUAUCUACUGAAGCAGAGCUAUGGUCUCGGCUUUGCAGAGGAGACAACUCCUCUGUGUAUGGACGUCUCUUGCUUCCCCAUGCAAGAGCUGCCAAGUCCUGGGGCUGCUCCCAUUACUGGUGAGCCUCGAAGCCAGCCCAAUCUUCCAGGGUCGGAACCAGAAAAUUUGGCUACUCUGUCAGACAUACCCCUGGAACAAUUACCAGCUGCCACUGGCCAAGAAGAGGCCUCUCAAUCUCCAGCUCUCCCAGAACCUGUAGGGGAUCCAUCUCAACCCGUUUCUCUCUCCCUCUACAUGUUGCGGCUCCCACCUCCAGCUGGUGCCUACAUCCAGAAUGAGCACAGCUACCAGGUGGGUAGUGCCUUGCUUUGGAAGAGGCGGGCUGAGGCAGCACUUGAUGCUCUAGGAAAAGCACAGCGGCAGCUGCAAGCUUGCCGGCGUCGUGAACAGAGACUCCGUCUACGCAUCUGCGAAUUGCAGCGUGAACGGCGGCCACACAAUGCUGAUGCACAUCGACGGUUUAAGGAACACGUGCAGGUCUUUGAAUUGCAGCUACUGAAUGACGUUGAAUAACUUGAAUCGGCCCAAAUUUACCUUGCUUUGUGUGGUCCUGUUGCAAACUUGGGCUGUCGUAUUUUCCAUCGUCAAGAUAACAUUGUAGCAAAACUUGGGACUCUACAAACUUGCAACCCACUUCAUGCAACCGUUUCCCCUUCACCCUUUUUGUUUAUAUCUGUAAGGAAAUUUUUCUAUUGUAUAAGUGGAUGUCCCAGCUCAGCUGAAAGAUACCUGAUUGCUUGAGGACAGAUUUAGGAAAGACAGUUAUUUUGAGAAUUUCAUUAUGGUGCUGCCCUAGAGGGUCAUAAUAUUUCUUUAAACAAAAGCUGCUUGACAUUGAAUUCAGAGCUUGUCAUGGUUGCCCAAUUGAACAAAAACCUUUUUGCUGCUUAUAAUUUUCUUUAAAUUAUAAGACUGUAUGAUAUGAAAAAUCUUAAGCAUUAUAUUGUCGCAAAACAACUUCCCACCAAAAAUCAACAAAAUCAAAAUAUUUGCAUGUAUCAUAUUGCCAGACAAAUAUGGUAAUGAUUUAAAUCUGAAUUACAUAAAGAGAAAAUUUCACUCUUUAUUUUUGGUCCCUGAGGGAUAAUUUUGUACAAGACUUUUAGCUGUUUUAGUAUGUAAGCUGCUAGGCCACAAAUUUAGACAUAGCUUGAAGCAAAGGUAAUUACUGGAGCUGAGAGAAGCCCAAUCUAAAUGUGAAAUUUCAGAAGAAUGUUUUAAUACUGAAAUAAUGAAGAGAAACUUUUGGUUCACAAAUUAUGUCAACCCUGUAUGUUUUGAGUAAGAACUUUUCUAGAUGUGCUCCUCACAUAAUACUUUUCAAAACAUUUUAUUUACUAUGCCAGAUGUUUUGGAUUCUCAUUCUGUUUUGUAAUUAGAAAACUACUUGUAUGCAAGAAUCUCUUGCUGGAUCAAGGGAGUGAUCUUCAGCACUAAGUAAAAUCAUUUUUAAUAUAAUUUUAUUAGGAAUUUUGAUUACAAUAGUAAUAAGUAAAAUCAGUUCUGUGGCUUAACAUACUGAGAUUAGCCAAAGUUCUGCAGUCUCAAGAGAGCCAUCAAUAUUCAGUCAAACCUGUAAGGCAUGUUUCUGAAUGUGGCCUCAUAAAUGAAUGCCUCUUUGAUUAGUUUUUAUUUUUUAAAAACAACAGCUAAACCAUGUUUCUUAUGAAGAUAAGGGAAAAUUGAACAUGUAGAAUUCUAUUAAGUUGUAUGCUUAUAAUAUUGCAGAAGAAUGCAUAGGAAAAACUGGGGGGACUUAUAAUUUGUAGAUUUCAAUGUACUAAUAUUUAAUACAAUAAAACAAACUGAACAUCGUUUCAGCUAA